AUGGCCGAUGAAGACAUACACAAGACAACGCGAACAAGCAAGGAGCAAAUUGAGUGCUACCUGUCAUUUAUGCGGAGCCACCCUGAGUUAAAGCUCAAUAAAAAUGAUCCUACACGUCCAAAAAGGCUAGAGGAGCUGUGGAUAGAGCUAGCAGAGAAACUUAACGCUCUUAAAGGGCCGAUACGUACUCCGCCUAAAUGGAAAGAGUCUUUAGCCCAUUGGAAAAACCAAGUCCGAUCCAGGGCUAGGAAGGCAAAGGCCCAUUGCUUGGUGACGGGCGGAGGUCCCUGCUUGCAAGAGGAACUCACGGAGAGGGAGCAACAGGCAUUGGAAACUUUCGGGUCGGCCGUGGUUGACGGGAUGACUGAUAUCCCAAACGUUGGUGCCGAGGUAGUACACACAUACUGUCAGGAUUAA